AUGACUUCCACGGUAUCAAUUGCAGAACAGCUACCACUACAUCGCGAGCUCCUUUUUGUUACUGUCAUAUGCCUAGCACAGCUGUACACACAGGCUGGCUUGGGUCAAGCAAUACCAAUCCUCCACGUGAUCGGGGACAACUAUGGUAUCGCAAAUGGAGGCGAUCUGUCGUGGUACAUCGCAGGUUACAGUUUGACUGUGGGAACCUUUAUUCUUUUUGCAGGUCGACUGGGCGACAUGUUCGGCUACAAGACCAUAUUUCUUCUUGGAAUGGCCUGGUUCUCUGUUUGGUCUAUGGUUACUGGUUUGGCGGUAUACUCAAACCAUGUUCUUUUCACCUUUGCGCGUGUCCUACAGGGCAUUGGCCCUGCCUUGUGUCUCCCAAAUGCACUGGCAAUUCUGGGUGCAACAUAUCAACCCGGUAAGCGGAAGUCGAUGGUAUUUGCAGCAUUUGCAGCGACCGCGCCAGGAGGAUCGAUUUUAGGUUCGCUCUUUGCCAGUCUGUUUGCCUUGGCUUGGUGGCCAUGGGCCUGGUGGUGCUUCGCACUUGUUCUUGCUGGCACUACUGUCUUGGGAUAUUAUGCGAUUCCGCCAUGCCCCCCAGAUCAUCAAGCUAGGAUACCGUCGACCUGGAAGGGAAAACUUGCCUACAUGGAUUUACCCGGAGCUAUCACUGGAAUUACUGGUCUGGUUCUCUUCAACUUCGCCUGGAACCAGGCGCCUAUUGAGAGUUGGACAACUCCUUACGUUUACGUUACGCUUAUUUUAGGCGUUUUAUUCGUGGCAGCCUUCUUCGUCAUCGAAGUCAAGUAUGCCAAAACGCCGCUGUUACCUUUCGACGCAUUAUCAACCGAUGUGAGCUUCGUUCUAGGGGCAGUUUCUUGUGGCUGGGCCUGCUUUGGUAUAUGGUUUUGGUAUACGUGGCAGUUUCUCGAAGAGAUUCGUGGCGUAAGUCCUCUGCUUGGAACAGCUCAAAUCUGCCCUGUCGCAGUAUCUGGACUGCUUGCUGCUGCCUUCACCGGACUCCUUAUUCAUAAGAUUGGCCCUGCUUGGGUCAUGACAAUGGCUCUGUGUGCUUUCUUCACUGGCACGACUCUCAUGGCUACUGCUCCAAUCGACCAGACCUACUGGGCUCAAACCUUUGUGUCUGUAAUAAUACAGCCUUGGGGAAUGGAUAUGUCUUUCCCUGCAGCGACUCUGAUUUUAUCCAACGCCGUUUCCAAGCGACAUCAAGGAAUUGCCGCGAGCCUUGUCAACACAGUUGUCAACUAUAGCAUUGCUUUAGGUCUAGGCUUUGCCGGUACCGUAGAGUACCAAGUCAGUAACGGUGGUCAGACACAGGAGGAUAAACUCAAAGGUUAUAGGGGUGCGUAUUACAUGGGUAUGGGAAUAUCUGGAUUGGGCGUUAUCAUUUGUCUCACGUUCGUUUACAAGUCGCAUUUCGUGAAGCGCUCGAAGUCGAAACAUACGGAAAAGGCAUGA